UAUCACUAUUUUCAAAGAAAUUUUCGCGUCUCCAGAGGAAAACACCAACAGAGCAAAAAUUCCCGAUGAAAGUGAGGUUAUUCCGCCUUUUUCCUUUGACAGCCGGAAGUGGUGCGCCGAGCCAACGCACUCAACUUCACAACGCACUUGUGACAAGGUUGGGAUUUUGCGGAGUACAGAAAAUUUGUUUUUCGCAGAUUUUCAUCCACUUUUGGUGCCCAAAUCAGUCGUUGCACAGCAAAAGAUGCUCACCAAGGGAUUCACAGGCAUCGUCCGGAAGGGUGCCUUCGUGGCGAGGAACUUCGGUGUGAGUGCUCCAGCUUCCCAGAAGGCCACCGAUCCCAUCCAGCAGCUGUUCCUGAAGAAGGUGCAGGAGUACAAGUCCAAGGAGAGUGGCGGAAAACUGGUGGACGCCACUCCGGAGGUGGAGAGGGACCUGAAGACGGAAUUGGAUAGGGUGUCUAAGCAGUUUGGCGGCGGUUCUGGAGUGGAUAUGACCAAAUUCCCGGAAUUCAAAUUCCCAGCCGUCACUGUGGAUCCCAUCAAUUCAACAAACUAGUGUCCUGUGGAUAAAUCUUGGGUAUAGAAAAUGGAAAUUUAUUAAUUCACA